AUGAAGCUCUCUCCCAUCUUACCUAUACUUUUGGCAAGUUUCAGUCUUUGUAUGAUCAUCCCUGAACUCGACGGAAUAGUUCGUUUUAUUGAAACUAUCGAUGGCACUCGCAGUGCGAGAGCAGGAGAAGGUUUGGUACAACAGGAUGCUGAAAAUUUUCACAUUGGAGAACAACAUCUCGCUCACAAAAUAGAGUUUCUUCCUUAUCGGUAUAUCAUAGUUUUUAAUGAAGAUAUUUUACUUCAGCCCAUUCAAUCACAUAUGCAGAUGGUACAGAAGGAACAUAGUAUUUCAGUAAGUAAGCUUACAGAAGAUGACGUUUUUUGGGGGAUGAUUUCGUCUUCAGCAUCAUCUGAAUCGCAAGUAGGAGGUAUUGAUAAUUCUUUUGACAUAAAUGGUUUAUUUCGAGGUUAUACUGGCUAUUUUACGGAUGAAAUCAUUGAAAUGAUUUCCCAGGAUCCAGUUGUUAAAUUCAUCGAGCAGGAAAGUAAAGUAAAAAUAUCCAACUCGUCAUUACAGGAAGAAGCCCCUUGGGGUUUACAUAGGGUUUCUCACAGAGAGAAAGCAAAAUACGGCCAAGAUUUGGAAUAUUUAUAUGAAGAUGCUGCUGGAAAAGGUGUCACAUCAUAUGUGCUUGAUACAGGAAUUGAUAUCGAACACGAAGACUUUGAAGGGCGUGCUGUAUGGGGAGCCGUUAUACCGGGAAACGAUGAGGCUUCCGAUUUAAAUGGACAUGGAACCCAUUGUGCAGGGAUUAUUGGAUCGAAGCACUUCGGUGUAGCCAAAAAUACAAAAAUGGUAGCGGUUAAAGUUCUUCGUUCAAAUGGAGAAGGAACGGUCUCAGAUGUCAUUAAAGGUAUAGAGUAUGUUACUAAGGAACAUGUAGAAUCCUCAAAGAAGAAAAGUAAAGAAUUCAAAGGAUCGACCGCCAACCUUUCUUUAGGAAGUAGUAAAUCCCUAGCAAUGGAAAUGGCUGUAAAUGCAGCUGCAGAUAGCGGUGUCCAUUUUGCUAUUGCAGCAGGGAAUGAGGAUGAAGAUGCUUGUCUCAGCUCACCAGCAGGAGCUGAAAAAAGUAUUACCGUGGGCGCUUCGACAUUUAGUGAUGAUAGAGCAUUUUUUUCGAACUGGGGCACAUGUGUCGAUGUGUUUGCCCCCGGUAUAAAUAUUAUGUCCACUUAUAUUGGUUCAAGGAACGCAACUUUAAGUUUAUCAGGUACUUCAAUGGCAGCACCACACGUCGCUGGAAUUUUAAGUUACUUUCUGUCAUUACAGCCUGCAUCAGACAGUGAAUUUUUCAAUAAUGCUCUUUCACCUCAAGAAUUGAAAGAAAAAGUCCUGAAAUUUAGUACGCAGGGAGUACUGGGUGAUAUCGGUGACGAUACUCCCAAUAUGCUAAUAUAUAAUGGGGGAGGUAAGAAAUUGGAUGACUUUUGGUAA